AUGGCAUACACACAUCAAGACUCCUCCCCCAACUCCAUUGACCCAACGACCCUCCCACCCCUCCAACUCCCAUCAGGUGUCACCUCACGCUUUGUCGACACCACACCCCAAGGGCUCGUCUUCCACAUCCUUGAAUCUCUCCCGACGAACCUCCCACCGUCCAGCCCCAAGCCCAAACUCAUUCUCCUGGUCCACGGAUUCCCCGAAAUCGCCUACUCAUGGCGGAAGAUCCUCCCUCUCCUGUCCGCCCAGGGAUACCACGCCGUCGCCUAUGACCAGCGAGGCUACGGACGGACCUUCUCCCGCGUCCCUCUUGAAGCAUCGUCCUUCCGGCCCCUCAACCUGAUCAAAGACGCCGUCACGCUGGUCCACGCCCUCGGCUACGACUCGGUCACCACCAUGGUCGGCCACGACUUCGGCGCCGUGACGGCAGGCCUCUCGGCGCUCGCCCGCCCAGACUUGUUCAAAUCCCUCGUCAUGAUGUCCCACCCGACCAAAGGCGUCUCGGGCGCCAUGCCCACCAACACAUCCCCCUCGUACGGCGCCGGAUCCUCACGCCCGCCCCCGACGCCCGACAUGGAAAAAGCCCUCUCGGAACUCCCCCGGCCCCGGAAACACUACAAAUGGUACUACUGCACGCCACCGUCCAACGACGAAAUGACCAACCCGACCGGCCCACCCCUGCACACCUUCCUGCGGGGCUACUUCCACCUGAAAUCCGCCGACUGGGACGGCAACGCCCCGCACGCCCUGGCCGGAUGGACGGCGAGUGAACUGGCCAAGAUGCCCGUCUACUACAUCAUGGACAAGUCCGACACGAUGCGCCAAGCUGUCGCGCGGGAUAUGGCGAACGAGUCCGCCGCCGUCGUCGCGCAGCGCUCCGCGCGCUGGCUGCCCGACGCCGAGCUCGCCGUGUACGUGGACGAAUGGGCGCGCACGACGUUCCAGGGCGGCCUGAACUGGUACCGCGUGCAGACGCAGCCGGGGAUCGCGAGUGACGUGCUGGCGUGGGCGGGCGCCAGAAUCGCCGUGCCCACCGUCUUCGUCGCCGGCAAGCAGGACUGGGGCACCUUUCAGGAGCCUGGGGCGGUCGAGGCCAUGCAGGACGGCAGGAGUGUGUGGGAGGGCUCGUAUCGUGGCACCCAUCUUGUUGAGGGGGCUGGCCAUUGGGUCAAUCAGGAGCAGCCGGAGAGGUGUGUGGAGUUGAUUCUGAUGCUCGCGAGGGAGGCGGAGGCGGCGGAGGGGUCGGCCAAGCAUAGACUCUAA